UCACUCUUCUAAAAAGCAAACUUUUAACAUUUUGUUUUUUAAUUAGCAAGGAUAUUUAGUUGCGUUUCAUGAUGACGGAUAUGGGACAAAGGAUGGCGAAGCUGUUUUCAGUUCUUGGCGUCCUUUGGAUGGCAGUUGCCUUAUAUGGAAUAGACACUGCAGAUGGCCAAAGUACAACAGAUAACCCAACAGAGACAGAAACCCCAACUGUCCCAGGGACAGACACCCCAACUGUGCCAGGGACAGACACCCCAACUGUGCCAGGGACAGACACCCCAGCGGCAACUGGAGUAACAGAUGCAACCGGAGAAACCGUACCAACCAGAGAUCCUACAGCAACCGGAGAAACCCCUGGAACUGGAGAAACCACAGGGCCACCUGUGACUGACAAACCACCAUCAACUGCAAAACCAAGUCCCUGCGAUUCAAACCCAUGCGGAGGAGGAAGCACCUGUGAGGCUCGUGCUGAGGCCUACAUAUGUCUCUGUCUACCGGGCGAGUCCUACAGUGAAACUGUAAAAGUUUGUCAAAAGGCUAAAGUUUUCCCUGGAAAAGUUAGCCUGUCAGAUUUGCAGUUUGAUCCUAAAAUGACCGACAAGACAUCAGAUGAAUUUAAACGAGCAUCUGACAAAAUUAUCGAAGAGAUGGACAAAGCUUUUAAAAGUAAUGCUGACUACAUUGAAAGUAUAGUGGUGGAAAUUAGUGAAAAGAAAACGAGAAUUACUCUGGCUGAAGCAACCGUAGACCUGAAUUUCAAAUCAGAGUCAGAUGUCACGGCAGACAAGGUGGUUGAAAAAUUGGCAGAUUCUUGUAAAAACUGUGCGUUUGUUGCCACAGACCUGUGUACAAGAGGUUCUUGCGACGAAGGCUCUACCAUAUGCAAAUCCGCAGACGGCUCGUUCUCCUGCUCUUGCAAAGACGGCUACAAAAAAUCUGACUUAUCAGAUAGAAUCUGCUUGGCAUGUCCUGCUGGGCAAACAGCCGACGGUUCUGAUUGUGUUAAUUGCAAAUUUGGGUAUAGUGGCUUCAACUGUGAGGAACAAUGGCAGCUGAUCCUGGUAAUUGUGGGCACGGUGCUCGGAGCACUGACACUCGCCUUCCUCAUCGGUCUCAUUGUUGUGUCUGUAAAAUCCCCAAAGACAAAAUCCAAGAAGAGUAAAGAACCAGAUGUUGUCAAGCCAUAUGUCAGCCAUUUUUCAACCAAGGCACCACUUGGUGGAAACAGCAUCAAGAAUGAUUACACAUCUCAGGCAAGUGUGCCAGCUGGAGUGCCUCGGAUCCCGCGGGCCACAACCACUCUGGACAACAGGAGCAACAUCGAGAUGGUUCCAAGCAACAGCAAGCAAAACCUGAUCUCUUCAAACAGAAACUCUUGGCUAAACGAGGACCAGGACGGCCCAUACUCAUACUCUCGACCCACCAACUCCUACGCUCAGGCUCUACCUCAGAGCAACCCCUACAACCAGAACCAAGGUCACUACAACCCGUACGCUCAGAGCCAAGGCCACUCCAACCCUUACUACAAAGACUGAGAUGCAAGAAGGUUUAAUUAAAACCAGAAUCUCAGCAGCUGCUUGUAAAUAUAUAAUAUGCAAUGAGUAAAAAGGAGCACUAUGUAUCACAUUCCAUCACCACUUUUACCUUAACCCUUGUGCUAUCCCAUGACCCCACCCUUACAUUGACGUGUUCUCCCUACCAUGACAAAGGUGGAUAAAGGUGAAGAGGAUUUCAUGUAAU